AUGAUGAGGUUUACGAUUGCAUUUACAGCGAAGGUAUUUGUUCAUCAGAAUCUUCAGGAGAAAGGUAAGCCUGAAACGACUCCUUCUUCCUUUAACCUUUACGGAAUCUGUUGCUUCGAACGAGCUUUUUCUGGUGCUAGUCACUCGCAAGCUGAGCAGAGGAUCCGCAGCAAGCGAGGUCUCCAAGUAAAGUGCAUGGACCAAAAACUAUUGCGCAAAGCCGACGGGGUCGUUUGUUAA